GACCUCCUCACGCACGAGGAAUACUUUGACCUCCUCCGCGACCGCAAAGAAAUCGAAAAAGACCCCCACGAAGACGACCUCGCCUACCUCGAAUCCCUCCACGAAUCCUCCUUUGAGCAGUGGCGCUUCGAGCUCGCCCAGGGGUUCAGCCUCUGCCUCUACGGCCAGGGCUCCAAACGCAACCUCCUCUCCAAAGUCGCACAACACCUCUACGCCGCGGAUCCCGAUGCGCCCAUCGUCGUGGUAAAUGGCCACGUCCGCUCCCUCACAGCCCGCGAAGUCUACUCCACCGUCGCCGCGGCCCUCGACCCGUCCCUCAAACUGCCCGCCCAGACAACGGCCAUGGUCCAGUCCCUCUCCUCCGCUCUCACCUCAUCACCACCACCACAUUCCCACCGCAAACCGAUAACAAUCCUCCUCCACUCCAUCGACGCCACCCCCCUCCGAAAACAAACAACCCAACAACUCCUCUCCCGCCUCGCCUCCCUACCCUCAAUCCGCCUCGUCGCAACAGCAGACACGCCCUCCUUCCCCCUCCUCUGGGACGCCGCCCAGCGCACAUCCUUCAACUUCAUCUUCCACGACGCAACCACCCUCCAACCCCUGCAGGACGUCGAACUCGACCACGUAGACGAGGUCCACGAGCUCCUCGGCCGCAAAGCCCGCCGCGUCAACGGGAGGGAAGGCGUCGUUUUUGUGCUGCGCUCGUUGCCGGAGAACGCCAAGAAGUUGUUCGAGUUGCUUGUUAUCGAGGUGUUGGCUGCCAUGGACGAUGAUGGUAGUGGUGGUGGUGGUGGAGGACAGUAUGGGGCAAGUGCGGAGAAUCCGGGCGUCGAGUAUCGGAUGGUGUACAACAAGGCCGUGGAGGAUUUCAUUUGCAGUUCCGAGAUGGCGUUCCGGACGCUGCUGAAGGAGUACGUUUUCUCCCCUUGCUUUGGCGCACAUGUGAAGCAGAAAAACUGACGAGAAGAACAGGUUCCACGACCAUCAAAUCAUUG